CUUAACAGUGAUGAUAUGGCAUCUGAUGUUUAGCAUUCACCAUCAUCUAACAUCACAGAAUGUCGAAGGAAUAAAUAUCAAACUUGGCCUACUGCUUCCUAGAGAAGGUCUACGAGGUUAUUUAGGAUAUGAGACCAAUGCUGCUGCGACUACGAUGGCUCUGGACCAAUGUAGAAAAGAUCACCUGAUUGAUGCACAUAACAUCACGAUUCUGUAUCGAGACACAAAGUGCACAGAAAAAUAUGGGCUUGGGAUGGCAGUGGAGUUGUACAUGGAUGAACAUGUUGAUGCCUUCAUUGGACCAGCCUGCUCAGAGGCUGCAAUACCAGUUGGCCACCUUGCAGCCUUUUGGAAUCUUCCAUUAUUUGCGCACGCCUCCAGUGACCCAAUGCUAGCAGAUAAGGAACGCUUCAACACUGUUGUCAGGGUGCUGCCACCGUAUAACAAGAUGGGAAGUGCAUUUGUGGAGCUAUUCAAGUAUUAUGGAUGGAAGAGAGGCGUCAUGUUGUCUACUAGGAUCUAUAGCAUGAUCAGUUUUGCAGCCAGAUCUGUAGAGAAAAAAUUUCGGGAGAACAAUGUAACACUUGCUGAUACAAUUGAUGUUGAAACAAUGUCAAAUGAUGAAAUAGAUGACGCACUGGAGAGAUUUCAGCACAGAGGGCGCAUUAUAAUCAUUCUCCUUGAGGCAGAUGACAUACGUAGAGUGAUGGUACGGGCAAAGAGGCUAGAUAUGACAAAUGGGCAGUAUGUGUUCGUCAGCUCCCUCAAUAUAGUUCCUGUUGAUGAGAUUCGACAACCCUGGGUGGCAAAUAAUUCAUUUGACUUCGAAGCUAAAGAAGCCUUCCAGUCACUUAUACAUAUUACUGUAGCAACAGCUAAGAGUGACAGAGCUAAUGCAUUUCGCAAAGAGAUUCCAUACAGAAUGGCAGAACCUCCAUGGAACUUCAACAGGACCCAGAUAGAUGGCUCCACAAACUGGGGAGAGGUAGACUAUCAGGGCUCCACAUUUUCCCUGUUUUUGUAUGACACUGUCUACUUGUACUGUCUUGCCUUGAACUACACCUACAUGAUGGGUCUGGACAACCUAUCAGGAAAGGUCAUGAUGGAUGUUGUGCCAAAGAUACAGUUUGAUGGCAUGAGUGGCCGUGUUGUGAUGGACGACCAGGCGGAGAGGGAGUCAGACUACUGGGUGUGGCAACUGCCUCCACAUAAAGAUGAAUAUGAGUAUUUUGCAGAGAUCAAAAACACAAACCUAGAUGGCGAGAGAAUGCAUGUGUUUACUCCUGCAUUUUGGCGAACACCUAAUGGCCAUCCACCUCAGGACACACCAGACUGUGGAUUCUUCACAGAAGCUUGCCAGGAAUCUGGUUUAACGAGUCAUGAGAUAGGGAUCAUCAUUGGUAUAAUGGUGGCCUUUGUACUUGUUGGGGUGGUAUCAACUGUCUAUUAUAUGUUCAGGAGGCGAAAACUAGAAGGACAAUUGGAGUUCUUGUCAUGGAAGGUUGAUUAUGAUGACAUAUCAUUCGCCAAGGUAACACAUGUCAAUAAAACAAUGGCAGGCUCUGGGCACAAAAGUGUGGUGACAUCUAUUGGUGACAGUACACAUACAGCUGGGACAAGUUCAAGUAAUGACGAUGAAGGUGUAACCAAGAAGGAGAAAACUGGAAAGAUUGUAGGCCUUUACAAGGGAAAUCUUGUAUUCCUCAAGUACAUGCAAGUAGGGGGACUGAUUCUGGGCAAAAGAGACCACAAGGAACUCAAGAUUAUGCGUGAGAUGAACCACCAUAAUGUGAAUGCUUUUAUAGGGGUUUGCUUUACACCUGGACGAUUCUGUAUCCUGACAGCAUUUUGUAAUAAACGGAGUCUACAGGAUGUAUUGUCCAAUGAUGAUAUAAAGCUUGAUUGGAUGUUUAAAAGUUCUCUUAUAUCAGAUUUGGCAAACGGUAUGGACUACAUUCAUGCUGGCCCUUUACUGUCACAUGGUAAUGUCAAGAGUAGCAACUGUUUGAUAGAUGGCAGAUGGGUUCUUAAAGUUACAGACUAUGGCCAACAUCAAUUCAAACUGGCUCAACAACGCAAGCAUUCUGAUGGGGAGUAUGCAGCAUAUUAUGCUAAACUGUGGACAGCUCCAGAAUUACUAAGGAUGCCAGUGCCACCUAUCAAUGGAACACCUAAAUCUGAUAUCUAUAGCUUUGCUAUUAUCGUUCAAGAAGUUAUAUAUAGAGCUGGCCCAUACCACAGUGUAGAUGUGGCACCUAAAGAAAUCAUUGAACAAGUUGCUCGUGGGGACAACCCUCCAUUUAGACCUGAGGUGAGGGAAGACAGGGAUGCCAAGCCUGAUAUGAUUGAACUGAUGAGGGACUGCUGGCAUGAGAACCCUUUCUACAGACCUGACUUUACUCAAAUUAAGAAGAAACUCAAUGUGCAGAAUGAUGGAAGGAAAUUCAACAUCAUGGACAAGAUGCUUGCAAAGAUGGAGACAUACACAAACAAUCUGGAGGAGUUGAUAGAACAAAGGACAAAUGAACUGAUCGAAGAAAAGAAGAAAACUGACCUAUUGCUUUACAGGAUGUUACCAGCGCCUAUAGCAGAUAGCCUUAAGAUAGGAAAGGUUGUUGAACCAGAAGUGUUUGAUCAAGUAACUGCUUUCUUCUCUGAUAUUGUGGAGUUCACCUCAUUGACCACUGACAGUUCUCCCAUUGAGAUUGUCAACCUCCUCAAUGAUCUUUACACUCUCUUUGACAACAUCAUAUCUAAGUAUGACGUCUAUAAGGUUGAGACUAUUGGUGACUCCUACAUGGUGGUGAGUGGUCUACCAACAAGGAAUGGUAUCCAGCAUGUAGCUAACAUUGCAGACAUGUCCCUUGACAUGCUGGCCAGUAUAGCUAACUUCAGGAUUAGACACAAGCCCAGGCGACAACUACAGAUGAGGAUUGGCAUGCAUUGUGGUUCCUGUGCUGCAGGUGUGGUUGGCACAACAAUGCCAAGAUACUGUCUGUUUGGGGACUCUAUCAACAUGGCAUCUAGAAUGGAGUCUACGAGUACUGGGAUGAGAAUACAGAUGAGCCCAGAGGCCAAUGCAAUGCUGGCAAAACAUAGUGGAUAUUUGGUAAAGGAGAGAGGAGAGACUGAAAUAAAGGGACGUGGAAAGAUAUGUACCUUUUGGCUAGAGGGGAAGAAAGGAUUCUCCAGGAAUAUCCCUAGACCAGACUAGAUCUGACAAAGACUAUUAAGCACUCUUGCAUAGAAUAGAAUGACAUCAGUACAGUUAUAUUAGGGAAUAACAUAAUUUCAGUACUGUCAUUGAGGAAUGAGAUCAGUA